AUGGGUCUCUUAAUGAAGAACCUCGGUGCAUUGCUUGCUAUUUCUAGCAGCAUAAACUCCAUUGUGCCUAUCGCUGCUCAAGGACUCGAUUAUCCAACCACCAACACCGGUCCAUCAGAUGCAACUGUCGAUAAAGCAUGGAAUGGCUAUUAUCCACCAUACGAAGGCUUCACUGUUACCCCUCAACACCAAGAAAUCUAUGACAAUGUCACAGAUCCCGCACCGGACCUCAGGCGCCGCGAAGCCAAGGAUUUCUAUCUCCGCGUGAUGCCUCUGGGAGCCUCUAUCGUUGAAGGUAUUGCCUCUUCAGACAGCAAUGGAUUCAGAAAGCACCUGAGACAGCAGCUGCGUUGGAAGGGCUGGAAGGUGAACAUGGUGGGAUCUAAACAAAAUGGAAAUAUGGCAGAUCGGGACAACGAAGGCCAUCCAGGUUGGGUCACCUCUGAGAUUCAUGGUGCAUGGACAGCAAACAAAGAGAUGAAGCCGAAUGUGGUCUUACUCAACGCGGGAACGAACGAUUGUAUGCAAAACCUCGACACAAACAAUGUGGGCACACGCGUCAAGGCUAUAGUCAACGAUAUCUUUAACAGCAUCGAUGAUGUGACUGUCAUUGUUUCGACUCUCGUUCAAAGCAGAAACCAACAAGAAUGCGCUGAGAAAGUCAGCAAACAGAUUCGAGAGUUCGUGAAGUCUAGCGAGUUCUCGGGCAAGAAGAUCGCUCUAGCAGACAUGUUUCAAGCUAUGAACAGAGAGGCUCAUCUCUCUGGUGACGGUAUUCAUCCCAAUGACGCCGGCUACAAGCUAUUCGCAGCUGUUUGGUGGGAUGCGUUCCAGCGAGUCGAAAGCCGGGUUUCGCCCCCGAAGUACGUUGCCAGCAUUGAUGACAGCAAGACCGGCAGUGCUAGAAGCUGUACCAAAGUUCCAGGAAAUGCUCGAGGUCCAAUCUUGACACAAAGCGGCAGUGGACAUGAUGAUGGAGCUUAUGUGCACCAGCGAAAGGAAUGGGCAGCAGACAUCUCUGCAAGAAUUGAAAAGAAAGAUGAUAUUGCAGUCAUUGUCAACGGAAUUCCAGAUCGCAUGUUCUUCGCCAACCUCGUCGUAGCUGAUCCCAAUGCUGAUCGGGCCAAAACGCUCGAUGAUUGGAUUCGGAUCUACCAUGAUCGCGAUGACAAGAACACUUAUUAUUACAGACAGAAUCUUGGAGGUGGAAAGUUUGGAGCAAGUACAACUUUCAACGUAGACAUGGAUUGUAAUCUGGGUCCAAAGUAUGCCUUUGCGGACUUCAACAACGACGGGUACGAUGACUUUUUUUGCUUAAAGUCUGGCUCAGCUGUGCAUGUUUCAAUCAACCAGAAGACAAACCCUCCCACUUUCAAAUAUCUUGGACAGGUUGUUCCAACUCAUGCUGGUUAUACCGAUCUAGACGUGCGGAUUGCAGACAUUGACGGAGACGGACGUGCGGAUUACUGUCUGGUUGAAAAUGGUAAUGUCGCAGGUGACGGAAAUGGAUUCAUCAAGUGCUCGCGAAAUGCCGGUCAAGGAAUUGACUAUUCUUGGCAAGGGUUCAAGACCGCAGGUGGUAUUGGCGAACGAGUCUUCGACAAAGUAGCAACGGCAGAUCGGUCAGGAGUCAUUCUUGGUGAUUUGAAUGGUGACAACAGAGCUGAUUACAUGUUCAUCGGCAAUAACGGCAACGUUAACACAUGGACGAAUAUGAGAGGAUGGGGACCGGGAAUUGUUCCUGAAUGGAAUGAUGCUGGAAUCACACAUCAAGGCCAAGGAGAUCAAAAUAUCCGACGAAACAUCAAAUUCGGGCGAAUCUUUGGCUCUGGUAAACUCGACUACAUCUACAUCAAGGAAGAGAAAGAGUGGUACGAUGUUCACGUAUGGGAGAAUUUGGGUGCAGGUGCAACUAGACGCAAGGCCGACGGUAACUACUACUGCGACAUGCGAGGAACCGGACGAGACGACUACGUCUGGAUCUAUUCCCAUGGAGGAUCUGCAGAAAUCUUCGCCAACAUCCAAAGCCCUCCAGAAUGGGGCCACGACGUCACAAUCAAGCUGAGUGUGCCAGGGCCUCGUAACGGUAUUCAUCUUGCGGAUUGGGAUGGUGAUGGAAGGUGCGAUGUUUUGGUACAGAACAAAGCAACUGGUGCCAUCACACCCUACAUCAACAAAUGGGAUGCAAACUCGAAGACUAUAACCUUUGUUGCAUCAGCGCCGACUCGUGCGACUUGUAACACAGGCUGGGGUGUGAACAUCUUUGAUAAAGGAAUGGCUCUUGCCGACAUUGACGGUGACAAGCGAGCAGACAUCUUGUGUCUGGAAACCAGCGGACGUAUUACAGGGUUUUUGAACAAAGCCGGCAAACUGGAAGACGUUGGACAAAUCAAAAAGUCUGAAGGAUGGGAUCGUGCCAACCUUCGUUUCGCAGAUGUGGAAUCGAAGGGAAAAACUGAUAUCAUCUGGUUGGACAAGUACACUGGCGCUGGGUCAGUCUGGACAAAUGGCGGGCGUACCGGCAACCCAGCCGGUAAUCUCGGUUCGUCUUGGCUAUGGACGAGCCGCGGGAAAUUGUAUUCGCCUAUAAAUCGCGGCGAGUGCAUGAUGUUCAGCAACCAAGGAGGGCUGGGUCGAGCUGAUCUUCUCGAAGUCCUCCCACUCAGUAAUCGCGCUUGGACCUAUUUCAACGAGUGUGGCGGAGGAAGUGGUGGAGACGAUGGUGGUUCGAUUGCUGAUCCAAAUUUGCCUCCAUACAACUCCCCCGAAGAGGCCAAACCACCAACGGAUUAUGGUGAUAUCAACAAAUGCACUGGUACCUAUUAUCACCUCUCGGAUAUUCCUCGAAACGACCUAAUGAUAUGCAAAUUGUAUUACAUCCUGGCCAUAUGGGAGCGUGUACUAUCAGAAAAGACGACCCAAUUCAACAAUCUAAUCAGAGACGACUAUGACAGAAAAUUCGGCAUCUACGCAAAUUACAUAGUGGACUAUCUGGCCGACAAUAUCAAGGAAAGGCUCGCGGAACAUGGAGCUGACUACUUCGAGUGUGAUGUCUUCGAGCAAAUCGUUUGCUGUAGAAAUUGUGAAGCCAUUUACCCUGGACAAUGUCGCCACUGCGCAGUCCUAACCACAAAUGAGGACCUUUGCAAAUACGAAGGCACACAACCACCAACCACUCCAAAAUACAGAUACGAGCCGAAGAAAGAGGAUUGUCCUCCAAUAUAUAACUUGAGAGGCAUCGGAGGUAAUGACAAGCAAUCAGUAACAUGGUAUCUGCGUUCAGGUGACGCUGAGAGAUUCUACGCCGAUAUUGGAGUCGAAUCAAAAUACAUCAAAUUUGAUGACUACAAAUUUGCCGACGGUUCGAUCAGCGAUCAAUACAAUUGCGCCCAAAGCCCGGACAGUGUGCAUUGCAAGAACCGAUUCAUGUAUUAUCAAUAUCCAGGGAGGACGUCGGACUACACCGCCGAUUUGAUCAAAAAAGACCAGAAUCCGAAGACUUUCCUGUCCGACUCCAUGAAAGGAAUCGAGGGCACUCUGACUGAACUCCGCGAAAUCAUCAAAGCCGUGAAGGAAAAGAGAACUAUCGGUAGCGAGGAAGAGCCCCUUGAUAUCAGACACUUGGCAUGGGCAUUGUACCCAUCCGUGACCAUGGUCGACGAGUCCGUCAACCAAAUGCAGAAGGUCCUGGAGACGGCCGAGAAAGUUGAGGCGGAGGAACGCAAGAAGGUCGCAUUAGCCUUCCUCGACACCAUUUUCCUGGUCAUGCCGCUUGUCAGCGCACCACUGAAGGCUACAAGCAGUGCAUUGGUGAGAUCGUUGGGCAGAACUAUCGGUGGAUUCACUGAUGCGUAUGCUGUUGGAAGAGGUUUGUAUGACGCCGCUACUACCUCUGUGCCAUCAGGUCUACUCGCCAUUGCAGGUUUCGCCAUCGGAAAAGCGAUUGCUAGAGCACCAGAGGCUGCUACGAUCUCAAAGGCGGCCUUUGCUUUGGACGGCGCCGGACUGGGUCCCCUUGGUACGCCAAUCUUGGUCACUAGGAAGGCGUUGGAGGAACUUGCGCCACUGCCCCAAGAUGAGAUUGAUCCUUAG